UUUAUUAAUAGGAGAAAAGAAUAGAGGAGAGAUGUUCAGGUAUAUAUUACUUUGCCAUCCCUAAGAGACCAGCAGACAAAUAUGAAUACAAAUAAAUGGUUGAGAGUUUUAGAACUGGGAGAAAGAUCCAAAUUCUGUUCAGUUUUGGAUGCAGAGGGAAAGGGAUAUGAGGUUGAUCUCUAGGUGGGUGAGAGUUGGAAACCUCUCAUGCCAGUUCCUGCUUUGUCCCCACAGAUUUUCACUGAACAAGUCAUAACCUCCGAAGCUCAUGAGCCACCUGACCUUCAGAGAUGGGAGCUGAGUCCCCAGCAUGGGUUUUGUCCGGCAGGUUCCUACUUGUCAGAAAAAAGUAGACAAUGUGAAGAAUGUGAGGAAGGGGUGGACUACACCAGCCACCCCAAUGAACUCCCGGCCUGCAUCCCCUGCAGGGUCUGUGCCCAAGAAGAAAGGCAGGAACAUCCCUGCAACAAGACCACAAACACGGUGUGCUACUGCAAGAACGGCACCUUCCGGGCAGAGGGAUCCCCAGAAUUCUGUCAGAAAUGCCAGACCAGGUGCCCUAACGGGAAGGUGAUGGUGAGUCCCUGUGCCCCCCGGAGUGACCUCAAGUGUGUCGACAAAGAAUCAGGUACCAAGACCACUGCGGAAGCCCCAGCUCCUGGAGAGCCAGUGACCGGCAGUCCGGGGACUCCAGCCUCUCCUUGUCCUUCCAUAGCAUUUCCAGUGAUCUGCGGCAUAGCUGUAGUCUCCCUGUUGGCUGUGGCUGUGGCUGUGGCUGUGUUGGUUUGGAAGGCUGGGUGGUGGAGACUUUGUGGCCAGAGCAGCAUCUUUUCAAGGUGUCCCAGCACCCAGGCUCUUGUCCAGUGUGUGAAGUCCAGGACCCCCAGGGAUGAGUUGCAUAAAUCCCCUGCCUCCUCACCAAGGAGACCCUCUUCUCUUCCAGGCUGUGAACAGGACUCCGAGCUUGGAGACACAGCAAAGGACCUCAUCAGCCCCUCAAAACCCUCAAGAGGGUCUGAAGCUCAGGACAAUGACCAGAAUGAGGCCCUCAGCUGCUCUUUCCUUCAGCAUGAUGAGCAUGAGAUAGAGCAACAAGAACAGAUUGUGACAAGAAAAGGUGUCCCUGAACAGCGCGCAGGGGAGACAGAGCGUCUGCUGGGACCUGCAGAAGCAGAGAGGUCUCCGGUGAGAAGGAAGCCGCUGGUCCCAGCGAGUGGUGUGGACCCCAGCGAGGCACUGAGGAGGCUUUUCACUUACUGUGCGGAGGUCGUGGACCAUAACUCCUGGGACCGUUUCAUGCAGGAGCUGGGCCUCACGCCCAACGAGAUCUUCCUCGCCCGUGUCAGCAGACCACACGAUCCGCUGUACGAAAUGCUCCAGAAGUGGCUCAACAAAACAGGACGCAACGCAUCCCUCAACACACUGCUGGGUGCCUUGGACAAACUAGGACAAAAGCUAGCUAAGGAAAAGAUGGUGGAAUACGCAGUAAACUCUGGGAAUUUCAUCUAUCAAGAAGAUGGAGUCAUUGGCGUGAAGGAACUUUUUUAGGAUUGUAUAUCUUGUAUAUAAUAUAUUUGUAUAUAUACAAUAGAACAUUUAUGUGUUUUUUUAAAACUAUUCCAACACAUUUGUUAAUACAAUUCUUGAAUUGUUUAUAUUUAUUAUUGAACUGGACACAUUCAUAGAAUGAGAAAUCCUAGAGAGGAAGAAGAACUCUCCCCUUUCCUGCUCAGGUUGCCAUUGUACUCAUGUCUGUCUCUGACACCUGCCGUGGUCCCAGGUGUCUGUGAAUGUGACACAUUUGCCUGCUUAGGACCAGAUGGUACCUCUCACUUCUGGUAAAUCUAAGCUCCCAGAGCUGUAUUGAGGGGUUCGGAGUCCCUCUUCAAGGACCAUCGCCCUCUGUAAGCAUCUCACUACCUUGCAAUUCAUUCCUAAGUGCUGUGACGAUGAGCCAGGAUGGCUGAACAUUAUGUUGUAUGGCUUUCUGUUCAGUUCUUAUUUAUUCUUAUUAUUGUUAUUAUUAGGAACUGCAACCAGGGCCUUUGCA